UACAACAAGACAGUGCCACAAUGCUGAGCUCAGGCCUGCGGAUUCCCCUCCUCUCCCUCCUCCUCCUGUUGCUCUCAGCGAUGGAGCUGAGCUGGUCCUUUACAAAUGAGGAAAAGCAGAAGAUUGUGGACCAACACAACCAGUAUCGUUCCAUGGUUUCUCCUUCAGCUGCAGACAUGCUGAAAAUGCGCUGGGAUUCAGAACUGGAAGCCUUUGCCAAAGACUAUUCAACAAAAUGCAUUUGGGAACAUAAUAAAGAACGUGGCCUCCGAGGCGAGAAUCUUUUUGCCAUGAGUGGAAGAGAAUUGGAUUUGGAGAGAGCGAUGGACGAGUGGUAUAACGAGUACCAGUUUUAUAAUAUCAGCACGUUGACAUGUAAAGAGGGGGAAAUGUGUGGUCAUUACACCCAGGUAGUUUGGGCCACCAGUGAACGUGUUGGCUGUGGGACAACAUUCUGCAAAACCCUGGAAUUGACGAAUGAUACUGACAUGCAUUUAUUCGUCUGCAACUACGAGCCCCCGGGAAAUAUAAGGGGACGUAAGCCAUAUACCCUAGGAGCUCCAUGUUCUAUGUGCCCAGAUGACUAUUCCUGCACGAAUGCUCUCUGUGAAUCCAGUGCUGAUGUAGAAGAAACUACUGCACCACCCACAGCCCCAGAUCUCAAGUCUACUGCGACAGUUUCAGCAGCAGACACACCAGAAAGUCCCAGAAUUGGCACAGAAGCAGGAUCUGAGCCCACUGCUGCAAAAGAUCAAACCGCCAUCCCCACUACAAGCCCAGUUCUCCAGUCCACCAUGACAGUUUCAGCAGCAGACACACCAGAAAGUCCAAAAAUGGGCACAGAAGCAGGAUCUGAGCCCACUGCUACAAAAGAUCAAACCGCCAUCCCCACUACAAGCCCAGAUCUCCAGUCCACCAUGACAGUUUCAGCAGCAGUCACACCAGAAAGUCCAAAAACUGGCACAGAAGCAAGAUCUGAGCCCACUGCUACAAAAGAUCAAACCGCCAUCCCCACUACAAGCCCAGAUUUCCAGUCCACCAUGACAGUUUCAGCAGCAGACACACCAGAAAGUCCAAAAACUGGCUCAGAAGCAGGAUCUGAGCCCACUGCUGCAAAAGAUCAAACCGCCAUCCCCACUACAAGCCCAGAUUUCCAGUCCACCAUGACAGUUUCAGCAGCAGACACACCAGAAAGUCCAAGAACUGGCACAGAAGCAAGAUCUGAGCCCACUGCUACAAAAGAUCAAACCGCCAUCCCCACUACAAGCCCAGAUCUCCAGUCCAUCAUGACAGUUUCAGCAGCAGACACACCAGAAAGUCUAAAAACUGGCACAGAGGCAGGAUCUGAGCCCACUGUGACAAAAGGGCCAACCCUUUCCUUACAGCCAAUUUCAGAUAGGGAUCUUAAAGUAUCUGACUUGCAGACAGACAGAGAUGGGAUUGAUGGGUCCUUGAUGACCACAAUAAGUGCUAUGUCUUUUUCAGACUUGAACCUACCUCUCAGUUCUAUUUCCCCUGAAACAGGAACUGAAAAAGCUACUGGCACAGAACUUCCUUCUUCUGCUGAUGGUUUAAUCACAACCCAAACCACCAUGAUAAAAACUGAGCAACCUGUAAUUACUCUUGUCCCAGUGCGUUCCACCUCAAAGACCCCCUCCACUCCUAAACGGCCAUCUGUCCCUAAGUCCCCCUCUGUCCCUAAGCCCCCCUCCAUUGCUGUGCCUCAGAUCUUUCCUAGGCCACCCCCCAUCCCUAUGAAACUUCUCAUCUCUAAAACACCAGCACGCCACCGUCUGUUGGCCUAUUCCAAAGCCAUACAGAGCCGCAGCAAUGCUUUCCAGUCUUCUGCAGGUAAAGCAGCUUCAAUGUCUGUCUGCCUGCCCUGCCUUGGGUGUAAACAGAUCAGCCAACCUGAGGACAUAAAGGCUGCACUUAAGGAGCUGACCUUCAGGUAUCCCUAUGAACCUUGUUUUGGCUCACUUCCCCGAUGGCAGAGGCAUAGCAAAUGCAGUUGGUGUGGGCACACAUACAAACUUGUGGGUUCAUCAUAUCCUGUGGCACUUGGAAAGGCCAGGCCUUACUGGCUCAACACUUUAUAGUAGCACAUAAUCUAAUGUAUUUAUAUGCAAAAUCCUCCCUUCUUUUCCUUUGUGCAUGCCUGUAUAUGGGUGUCUGUGUGCACGCAUGCACAUCUAUUUUUCUCUCUUCCCAUGGCUGAGCAAACACUCCAUCAAAUGUGGCCCAAGCUGGUCCAAAGAAUAGGAUUUUCAACAAUGUCAGGGGGUUUGUUGGGAAAUGUUCUCUAUUUCCACUGCCUCUACAUUUUCCUCAGUCCAGACUGUGGAAGAACAUCUCAUUUCUUUCCUUUCCCCAUGAUUUUGGCCAGAGUCAAAGGGCAGUAAUAACAGAACCUCAGCAUGUGUGUCUGACUUGAAGCCCUGACACAGUUUUCCACAUCUCCUUGCUUGUGGCAUAUUUAUUUAUAGGACUCUGCCCAUGUGCCAUUCUCAUACCUCCCAUUCUGCUUUUGAAUUAGGGCUAGAAUGUCCCCAGUAUAUUCUUCUUUAUUGAUCUAUUAUCUGCCCAAAAUGCCAGACUAUUAAAAAAAAAUUGGAUCUUGAAAAUGGAAUAAAUUACACAAGCAAAGCAAGGGCAAGCACAUUUACUGACUUCUUCAGCAUACUUCAAAAGAAGAAUUCAUUUGUGCUUUCUUGGUAUAGAUGCUGAGGCUUUGUGACCUAGAAAAUGAAUACAAACGUGUGGGUUCAUCAUAUCCUCUGGAAAUGUAAAGCAUGUUGAUACUGUACUGUAUGUCCUGUUUGUAGAAGUGGAUAUAGUAAAGUGAAUGACUGACUAGGGAGACUUGAUUAGAGUGUUUCCAGAGAAAUCCAGUACAUAACAAUUUAAUCUUAGACUAAAUAAGUGAUGCCCAUGGGGAUAAAAUAUUGAGUGUGAAGUGAAUAGAAUGUCCCCAUCCAAGUGUUAUAUGUAGAUUUUUUUUCUCUUGCAGGACUCUUCAUUGCCAUAAUCUUUUGAUCAGGCAAUAUUAUUAAUGAAUUUCUUGGUUCAUUCUCUCCUCCUUGCUCUAUAGGUUCCUAGAAUAUCACCAAUAUUCUCCUCUACUGUCUCUUAAUGACUGAAAGGCUAUGUUUGCUUUUUCUUGCAAGCAUGAUAAGGGUAUGGAUUCAGCUGAAGUGCAUAGAAUUAAGGCAAUUCCAUCCUUCUUCAGAUGAGGUCUGGUUUUUCUUUCUCUCUUGUUCUCUUAAUACAACAUGUGCUACAGAUACAGAGGAUCUGCUGAUAUAGUGACCUGGAAAGAUUGUCAACAAUCUAUAUGUUCAAACAGCAGUCAUUUGUUGCUAUUCUCCUCUCACUUCUUCUUGGUGAUUCCCAUUCUGUCUCAUCAGUUUCAGAAUUACCUUUGUUCUUGUUUUCUGUUGGUCUGUGAUAGUGGCCAUCAGCCUAUUCUGUUUGGGGUACCAGAAAGAUAAGUACUGGUUCACUUUCCCCUUUUCCACUAAAGAUACUUGGUAUUGAACACAGAACUUCCUUCCUUGUAUGCAAAUAAUGUGCUCUGUCUCUGAGCUAUGAUUUUUUUCUAGUGAAGAUGUAUGGAGAACCCACUUUGAUAAAACAUAAUUUCUUAAUAUCUAUUCCCUGGCAGAAGUUGGAAUAGUUGUUUUUGUGUCUGCAUGUGUAAACGGAAUCUUUUCUAUGAGCCUGAUUCAUACAGCCAUUUUUAGCAGUUGCUAUUAUUAGAUGAUACUUGAUUGAAAUUAUUCUUUCUUAGCUAUCAUGCAGUGUUGUUGAUUUAAAAAAAACACUGUGGUCAUUGGAUACAGACAUGUUGCUUGAUUAUUGACAAUCACAUAAGUAUCUCUGUGAACAGGCUGCAUUUAAGUUCAACCUGAAGCUACCUGACUAUCUUGAAAUGUUUCAGUCAUUGACAUGGAAGUUUGUUCUGUUAGUUUCAGUUGUACUUAUUUUCAGGUGACUGGGUUUACAAUUGCAACAUUAUGUCCCAUCUAAAGAUAUGAAUAGCUACAACAGCACUCUUAUUUUAGCAAGUCCAGUUCUAUAGCUUCUUUGAAGUACUCCAAGGAAAAAUGAUUAUCUGGUAUUAUAUAGUUUGCAGCAAAAUUUACCUUAGCCCAGCUGAGCAGCAUAUAGAAAAAUAGUUUUCAAAGCUAACAGUACAUGAAGCUGUUGUGACAGAUAGAUGUUCCUUUUUGCUGCUAUAUCAGAGUUUAACACGUGUGGGUGCCUUGGUGCUCUGUUCUGAAAUAACUUGUGGCAUUUCAUAACAUGACACUGAUAUUGCAAGUCUUUCUGCCCAAUCCUAUAGAUUAGGUUUGCCUGCGCAAGUUGUUCACAGAGAGUGAUCAAGACUACUCACUGAUGGUGACUUUGGUUCAUGCCUGUGAUUCCACAGGCAGUGAUCUAUCUUGAAAAAAAAAAUCAUCUCUGCAUUAUUUAUGUUUAGCUAUAGCUAGCCUGUUCUAUCAUAAUGAACCGCACUCCUAAUGUAGAGAUAUGUCUGACAUACUGCAGUGUAAAUUCAUUCAAUCAUAUCUAAAAUAAAUCAGGAGUAACGUCUGUUCCUUAUUAACCCCAAUUAGACAGCAGGAAUGUGUGAUUCACGAAAAGACGAGAAAUGUUUUCUUCAAAGGCGUAACUAGAUAAAACUAGCUUUAAGUUGUAAAGAAUGGAGGCCAGAGUGUUGCAGCUGGAUCCAUUACACAUCACAGCCAGACAAUAGCUCUGUCUGUUGCUAAUUUGAUCCAUAUAUUUUACAGUUUCCAGAGUAACGAGUUCACCUCUUGACAAACCUCAGCUGGCCCAGCUAAGAUCCAGCUGAAGGUGCCACUUGAAGCAAAAUUCUGCAGAUACUAUAUUUUUGUUAACAGAAUGCUGGGGAAGGUAUAACAUUUUAAAUGGUACAAUGAGUAGCACUGCAAAGCAUGGUUUUUAAUACAUCUGAAAUAAAUGUUAUUUCAAAAAUC